AUGGAUAAGCUGAAGAAAGAACCCUCGGGCCGCAAAGCAAUCUCUCCUGAACAAAGACUUGCAAUUACCCUCAGGUAUCUGGCCACCAGGGAGAGCGUGAAAUCUAUGGCGUUCCUGUUCCGUGUAGGAUUUGAAACGGCAAGGCGCAUAAUCCUUGAGACCUGCAAUGCCCUUUGGGACAUCUUGCAGCCUGUUUACAUGCCAGAACCAACAAGGACAUUGUGGGAGAGGUCUGCUGAAGGAUAUGCCAAUAGGUGGCAGUUCCCAAACUGCAUUGGAGCGGUUGAUGGGUCAGUUGCAGACUAUGGUUCCCAUUCUGACGGGGGAGUAUUUAAAAACUGCCCCAUUGGCCAAGCACUUGAAAAUGGCCGGCUGGACAUUCCCCCUCCACAGCUGCUAGCUGCGACUGCUAUCACGCUACCCUGCGUUUUCGUAGGAGAUGAGGCGUUUCAGUUGAGGCCAAAUUUCAUGAGGCCGUACCCUGCAGCAUCCCUCAACAGGACCAGGCGAAUUUUUAAUGAUCGUUUGAGCAGGGCCAGACGAUGCAUUGAGAAUGCAUUUGGCAUUCUGGCCUCACGGUGGAGGAUAUUCCGACGCCCUAUUUGCUUACACCCAGACAAUGCAAUCAAAGUGGUGCAGGCCUGUGUGGUCCUGCACAAUUACCUUCUAACUGAGGAGGACCCUACUGAUACUGGUAGUUACUGUCCGUCAGGUUCUGCAGACAUGACUGCAGGGUCAGGCCAGACAAUAGAAGGCCAGUGGAGGACGGAGAGCAGAAACAAUCCGCCACGCGCUCUGGCAACGAUGCACCGGUCUUCCGCCAGGAACUUUUGUCGCUAA